CUGGGCCUCUGGCACGGCCUCUUGUCUGAUGCUGUCUUUCUCAGGCUGCCUCUCAGCCCUCUUCUUCUGCAUCUGUCUCUCCUCUCCCAGGGCAGAGCUGCUCAGGCCCUUUUCUCCCUCUACUUAGUGACGAACAGGGAAGCACCUGUCCUACCAAGGGGCCCCGCAGACCUCUGUUCCUGGGCCUCUCUGGCCUCUUGACCCCUAGAAGCUGGUCGGGCGGGGGGUGUUGGGGGCACACUGGGUGCUGCUCAGCGGCUGUUGUUACCUCCCUUCUGGAGGCUCAACCCUCCUGAUCUGGCUGUCCUCAGAGGAGGCCCAGCACAGGCUGCCCACGGGGAGAGGUACCGUGGCCUCCCUGCUCCUGGGGCUGGGGCCCGGCUCUGGUGGGCUGCUGGGGUAGGCAGGGCACACCCACACCCCCUGCCUUCUACAUCUGUGGCUUCUCCCUUCUAGAGGAUCCAAAGGGAAAGACAUCAGCACCAUCAAAUCCCUGAGAGUCCUGCGUGUGCUGCGGCCACUCAAGACCAUCAAGCGGCUGCCCAAGCUCAAGGCCGUGUUUGACUGUGUGGUGAACUCACUGAAAAACGUCCUCAACAUCCUGAUCGUCUACAUGCUCUUCAUGUUCAUCUUUGCCGUCAUUGCCGUGCAGCUCUUCAAAGGGAAGUUCUUCUACUGCACGGACGAAUCCAAGGAGCUGGAGCGUGACUGCAGGGGUCAGUAUUUGGAUUAUGAGAAGGAGGAAGUGGAAGCUCAACCGAGGCAGUGGAAGAAAUAUGACUUCCACUAUGACAACGUGCUCUGGGCUCUGCUAACGCUCUUCACGGUGUCCACAGGGGAAGGGUGGCCCAUGGUGCUGAAACACUCUGUGGAUGCCACCUACGAGGAGCAGGGCCCGAGCCCCGGGUACCGCAUGGAGCUCUCCAUCUUCUACGUGGUCUACUUUGUGGUCUUUCCCUUCUUCUUUGUCAACAUCUUCGUGGCCUUGAUCAUCAUCACCUUCCAGGAGCAGGGGGACAAGGUGAUGUCCGAGUGCAGCCUGGAGAAGAACGAGAGGGCUUGCAUCGACUUUGCCAUCAGCGCCAGACCCCUGACGCGGUACAUGCCCCAGAACAAGCAGUCGUUCCAGUAUAAGACGUGGACGUUCGUGGUGUCCCCACCUUUUGAGUACUUCAUCAUGGCUAUGAUCGCCCUCAACACUGUGGUGCUGAUGAUGAAGUUCUACGAUGCGCCGUACGAGUAUGAGCUAAUGCUGAAAUGCCUGAACAUCGUGUUCACGUCCAUGUUCUCCAUGGAGUGUGUGCUGAAGAUCAUCGCCUUCGGGGUGCUGAACUAUUUCAGAGAUGCCUGGAAUGUCUUUGACUUUGUCACGGUGUUGGGAAGUAUUACUGAUAUUUUGGUAACAGAGAUUGCGGUGAGUAGCAUUUGCUGUUCCCUCCAGGGCCCCAGAGUGGUUUCCUUCCAGAAGGUGCUCCCCUCAGUGCAUCCCCAGGCCCUGCCUCUGCUAUCGUGGUCCAUGGUUCCCCAGGAGACCCUGGAGAGAUGGAGCCACUCUCCAGAGCUGGAGCUCAGGGGCUGGUUGUGCUCUUGGCAGGUGUUCUUCCUUGGGUGAGAGAAUGGUUCCCAAAGGCCUUCCAGGCUGGUGGUCUGGGACCACCCAGAGCUGUGUGGCGACGGCUGACUGGAGAGACAGGAAUCCUUUACCUUUGUGCCUCUAACAACUCGGUAUCAGAAUAUAUAAACCAAAAUAAGUGAGGAAUUAGGUUUCGCACGUCAGGUCUGUUGAUGCAGGUGGAUGUACUGUCUCUGGAGAUGCUCAUUCUUAGCUCACGUACAUGGAUCACUCCUAAAAACUGACCGGUGCUGGGCACAUGAACUCGUCUCCGCAAAUUCCAAAGAAUCAAAAUCACAAAGCAGCGUUCUUUAGGUUUAACACACUGGGAAAUAAGUGGCAGAAAAUCUCACUGUUGGUUUUAAGUUGGGUUCUCUAGGAAUCGCACUGAAGUGAGGAUUCCUGUGAAAGCUGUUUCUUGAUAAGCGUUCCCAGGAAAAGCUGGCAGGGGUAUGGGAAGCAGGCUGGGGACAGGAAGGGGCCCAGUCCUGGACAUGGAUGCAGGUCAUCCCCUGGGGGCCUCUGGAGACAAGGACUGCUCACUUCUUGGAGCCCUCUCGAUGGGGACAGGAGCUGCACUAUUACCUGUGUGGCUGCUGGGGUAAAGGGUGUACCUGCUGUGUUGAUCCUGAACCACUGGCUCCCUGCAUGCAGGUGGAGUAGGCUUUGGUAGCCCCAGCUGUUGGGACUCCAGGACCAUUGUGCACCACUGUAAUAGGACCAAGUGGGAGGCCCAGGGCUUUUGCCUGACCCUGCUCAGCUUUGCCCACUCCUCACACGGUGUUCAUCCUGCUCCUUCUUCAGGGUGGUUCUGGUCACAGUCUCUGGGAGACAAGCCGGAGAUUCCACUGAUGUGUGGGUCCUGGGGGGCUGACGUCCAUGUUGUUGCUCCACUACCCUUCUGACCUGUGGCCAGCCUGUACCACUCUGGUUGCUGGCCUGAUGAGGUGACCAGGCCCUCACAGUAGCCCAGGCUGCUGCCUGCCAUUCCCUUGUCUGACCCUGGUUGCGUAACCCUCUGAUCACGGUCCAGACGGGACCUGGAAGUGUCCAAAAAGGUUCCAGUGAACCCCUGAGUUCCCACCCAGACUUCCCCCUGCCCCUGCCAGUGGUCAGGGCUGGCACCUCUGGGCAGUGUGGUAUGGUGUACACUGGUGGGCCCUGUGAACAUCCCAAGUUGAUGUCACAUGGAGUUCCAUGUUGGGCAGUCUCUGAUUUGAGCCCUCAGACACCAGUGCCAACCAAGGCGCUGUAUCAGGAAAGGCAGACCCACGCCUGGGCUAUGGCUGCAUCCUGUCCUCUUUGGGGUCACUUCAGCCCCAUGAAGCCCAGUCACACACAGAGGCCGAGGAUUGUCCUCUGCUCACGGCCUGUCAAUUGCAUGGUUAGCAUUGGCCUUGCAGAGAGGUUCUUGGCCACCACAGUCACUCCAUCCAGGAGUCUACUCUGUAAAUGAGGGGACUGGUGAGGACCCACCUGGUUGACAAUCUGUGGGCCAGCUCAUCCCAACACGGGUUUCAGUGCUCCCUGGUGGGAGUCGGCUGCAGUAGGUAGAUCUGCACACGGGGCCCAUGCCCAGGGCCCAUCUGGGUGCCUCCUCCCCAGACCCCAUUUGCCCUGCCUAGGAUACUGCCAUGCUUAGCCUGACCUGAGCAGCCUAUUUGUCCACUUGAGCAGGGGCUGCCCAGGGACACUGCCCAGAGCUCUGCCUCACCUCUGUUUUUCAGAUUGCCCUGCAGGGACCCUAGGGAGACCUGUACCAGUGCAGCCAGCCCACCCAUAGCCGGGCACGAGUAUUUCCUUCUAGUGUAGCAAACCCCCCACCAGGCAGCAGCAGGGCCAAGCUGAGGAGGCCGAGAUGUGCAGUGGGAGGGCUGGGCCAGCCCUCUAUACUGGCUUAGGUUUGGUGCUAGGGGCCCAUCUCCUUGUUCCCAGAGCUGCCAGGGAGUAUGGCCACUCACCACUGCGAGGGGACACUCUGAGGUCCUACACACUGGUAUGGCCUGCAGCUCCCAUGGGGGCCAGGAGCGAGGCAUUGGCCCUCUCACUGGUGCCGCUUUUCUGCCUUCCCUGCUGCCUGGUGGCUGUGCAGCAUCUUCACCCCCCCCCCCCACACCUCUGGUUUCGUGGGAGCAGCGGGGUCUUGUGGCCCAAGCUGCAGGGCCGAUGAUAGCACCACGUAGAUUUGCCUCAGAGCUCCAUCCCCAAUGUGGCAGGCGCACAAAUCCUUACAAGAUGUAUCACCCCAGCCCUGGAGUGCGCGUGGCGCAUCAGGUCCUGCGCCCCAGUCCUACCUGUCACCAGCAUCGUGGGACAGUCAGGGGCCAGGGGCCAGGCCACAGUUGUCAGAAGGGAGCGCAAGCUGCUUCUGACCCCCUGAGCCAUGGGCCUGGGGAACAUGUGUUCACCCGGCCUGCAGCUGUAUCCCGAGGUCCAGAGGCAGAGCAGGUCAGGUCUCAUGCAGCAGCGAGUCCCUGACCCUGCUUUGGCCUGGUCUGCCAGCCAUUGUGACCCUGGUUUCCUGCACGAGCAGCACUGCUGAGCCAAGUGAGGGUGAGCGGUGGAUCACCACCUCUGAUUUCUCCGCUGUACACAGGGUGCAGUUGUGUGAUUGGGCACUUUGGCUGGGGCAUUGGUGUCCAGGAGCCUGCUUGGCCUUUGCUAUUGUGUGGUGACCCAUAGUCCACCUGCCAAGAAACCAGGGUUCUGCCAGCUGUAUUUGCCCCUGAAGACAUAUCUAGGACAUGGGCGGGGCUGGUGGACACACUGGGCCUCCUGGGAGGCGGCCUGGCCUCUCUGUGUCCAUGCUCUGCCGUUGGGCCCAGCACCAUUUCAGCCUCCCAAUGUUGAUGUCGGCUUGGACCUAGUUUCCAGCAGCCUUUAAAAUACCCAGGGAUUCUUCUCUCUAGAAAAGGAGUUGGAUCUAUUUGUCCCGUGAUUCAGGGUCCUUCUCUCCUGUAAGCUGUGGGCUUUGGCUCUGAAAAUUGCCUGUGGCUGGGAAACUUGCAAGGGCGUGGUUGUCCAUGGCAGUGUUGCGUGAGCCUUCUGGUCGUCCAUGCUGACCACUUUGACCCCAUACACAUCAGGCAGUGGCCCUUGGCCACCCUCUGUGUUCCCUGCUUUGCUCUAGGAGAGCCAUGGUCUGUGAGCUGUCACUAAGGGUCUUGUGGGUCUGUGUGCUUGGUUGCUAGUUCAGCCCUGCUGCGCACUGUGGUGAUUCUAUCCAACUAGCUAGGCUGUGUUUUGCUUGUCUCUCCAAAUGGCUGCAACAGCCAGGGCUGGACCAGGCCAAAACCAAGAGUUUCUUCCAGGUCUCCUACAUGGGCAGCAGGGACCCAAGCACUUGGGCUGUCCUCUGCUGCCUUCCCAAGCACAUUACCAAGGAGGUGGAUCGGAAGUGGAGCAGCCAGGGUGCUGGUGUUGCAAGUGGCAGCUUAACCCAUUGUGCCACAGCACCCCUGAUAUCAGCACUAGUAGCACCCCAGGAGUUGCUGCCACCUCACUCACACCAACAGAGUGAGAGUCUGGCCAGCGAGCAGUGCCCAUGUGCCCCAUCCUGAGAGUGCUUCCAUGGAACCAACUGGGGCCAGCUGUAUUAGGAUCAGGCUGUGGCUCAAGUGUGUCUUCUUGCAAAUGUGGUGGUGAGGAAGGGAGAUGCUAUCAGCAGUUCCAUGGAUCGAACUUUUGGCUCACUCCUGCAGGGAAGCUCUGGGGGUAGUGUGGACCCCACCUUAGAGUUGUCUGGAUCAGGAAUGGAAGAAUCCAGCAGGUUCACCUCCACCUGCAAAACAGGUUCUGGCAGUCUGUGGGAGUCCUUGCAUCAAGAGGCAAGGGCCAGUGUGAAGCCUCCUCCAGCACAGGCAUCCCACGUGGGUGCUGAUUUGUGUCCCAGCUGCUCCACAUCCCAUCCAGCUCCAAGCUAAUAGCCUGGGAAAGCAGCAGAAGAUGGCCCAGGUGCUUGGGCCCUUGCACACACAUGGGAGACCCAGAAGAAACUCCUGGCUCCUGGCUUCAGCCUGGCCCAGCCCUGGCCAUUGUGGCCAACUGGGGAGUGAAAGCUCGUUGGGGGCGGGUGUAGUGAGCAGGAGUGCUCAGAGCAGAGGGUGGGGUCGGCACCUUUGAGGGCAGGACCUUCUGGAUAAGUCAUGGGCCAAGAUGGAAUAAUAAUGUAAAUUAGAAAAUACGUCCAACAGAGAUACAAUGACAGUGCUGCAUAUUUAAACUCCAGGGACACAGCGGGACAGGGUGCGUAUCCAGGCCAAGGUCCACAUGGUUUGUAUCUCCAGACUCAGCCACGCGUAUAGAAAAUAUUUGAAGGUAAAUAGUAUCUGUGUUGAACCUGUAGGAUUUUCCCUCUUGCCAUUAUUCCCUGCACAAUGUGGGUAGCAGCUAUGUGCAUAACGUUUACCCUGUAAUCCAGAGAUGACUCACAGAGUGCAGGAACACUGUGUGGGCUCUGUUCAGGGUACACCAUUUUCUGUAGGGGAUUUUAGUGUCCCCUGCUCUUGGCGUGCACAUGGGGUCCUGAAGCCAGCUGCUCCAGAGCACUGAGGAAUGACUGUGUUUGCAGGAAGUUCAGUCUUAGUGCUUCCUGAAAGACUAAAAGGCAUUAAGCACCUAACAAGUCAGAAAAAGAACAGCAGGAUAAGCUCAAUAAAGUAGAAGAAAAUAUAGGACCAGAAGUUGCAGAAGUAGGAAUCAUAAGCACAGCAGGAAAAAUGAAGUCUAAACUUGGUUCUUUAAGGACUUGAAAGUGGACACAACCCGGCCAGAUUAACCACAAGGGAAAGAAAGAUCAAGUGGAUGUUGAGAGCUUAUGCCAUGUACUUGAAAACUGAGGCACACAGAAUGCUGAAAAUAUAUAAAUAAAAUCUGACAGAUGAAAAUAUAAGAACCUCAAUGGUCUUAUUAAAAUACUAAAGAAGUUGAGUUGGUACACAAUUUUCCCACACCAAAAAAAAAAAAAAAAAAAAAACCAGCAAAUUCUAAUGGGUUUAUGUACUAGGUUUCUAUCUAAAAUACAAAGAAAUAUGAUUCCAGAAUUAAAUUCUUCCAGAGAAUAGAAAAAGAAUGAACAGUCCCUAAUUUUAAAAGACAUCAUGUAUAGUGGUGAAAUUCAGAAAGAAUUCCCUUUAAAACCAGAAAGGACAAAUGCUUGUUAGUGCUGCUUUCGGCAUAGAACAUGAGAUCUGCGUCAGUUCAGCCUAUCUUUCCCCCGGUCGGAGGUCAUCACUUUUGCACACUGCUCUGUGCCCAGAGCUUGGAGCAGUGCCAGCCACUUUGCAGGUGUUCAGUGAGCACUGAGUGAAGAAGCCAGGAGAAAACAAAGUGCACGAAGGUGAGAGCAGGAAAGUAGCAUCCCCAUCAACAGGGAGAGCCUCAUCAGGAAGCCGAAAUAACCAAAUACUGAUUGCCUUGUUUAGCAAGGUUGCGUCACAGUUGAAGUCAACAGUCCUGACAAAGAACCUCACAGUAUAAGUGUGCAAGACCUUUAUGUAGGAAACCAUUAAACUUUAUUGAAAGACAUUGAAGAAGACAAGGCUAGGAGUUACAAUCAUGUUAAUAAGUUGGUAGUCAGUUUCAUAAAAAUUAUUGAUUUCCCCCAAAGGGUCUGCUGAUUCA